CGGCGCCGUCAGCCGCGAGCGAGAGAGGAAAUGAGCUCAGCCAUCCUCCUGCGGCCGGCAACCUGUGCGUCGGUUACCACCACAACCGCCGCCACCAUCGUCUCAGCCAAAACCACCUUCUCAGGACUCCUUGCCGCCCCAGGGUUCCACCGUAACAGGACGUGCACCACCAUCUGCUGCUCGAUGGACGGGGGCGGCGCGAUGCCCGCGGCCCACAUCGGCGGGUUCCUCUCCAAGAAGCGAUACGAUCCCCCUUUGUGGGCAUCCCACCUCCGCCCAGUUCCCUCUCACACCUUCUCCCUCGGCCAUCUUCCAACUCCCAUUCACAGAUGGAAUCUCCCUAACUUGCCGGAGGACACCGAAUUAUGGAUAAAGCGCGACGACCUUUCGGGGAUGCAGUUGAGCGGGAACAAGGUAAGGAAGUUGGAAUUUUUGAUGGCCGAUGCUGUUGCGAGCGGUGCCGACUGUGUUAUUACGGUGGGAGGGAUCCAGAGCAACCACUGUCGCGCUACUGCUGUUGCCGCGAGAUAUUUGAAUCUGGAUUGCUAUCUGAUUUUGCGCACUUCCAAGGUUCUAGCGGACAGGGACCCUGGUUUGAUCGGCAAUCUCCUUGUCGAGCGACUAGUUGGUGCUCAUAUUGACCUCGUGUCGAAAGAAGAAUAUGCAAAGAUUGGAAGUGUGACUCUUGCUGACUUGCUAAAGAAGAAACUAAUGGACCAAGGGAGAAAGCCAUAUGUUAUUCCUGUUGGUGGAUCAAACUCUCUUGGGACUUGGGGAUAUAUUGAAGCAAUAAGGGAGGUUGAACAGCAAAUUCAUAACAGCUGUGGUGAAUUCCAAUUUGACGACAUUGUUGUUGCAUGUGGAAGUGGUGGAACAAUUGCUGGCCUUUCUCUGGGAUCUAGACUGAGUAGUUUGAAGGCAAAGGUUCACGCAUUUUCUGUUUGUGAUGAUCCUACUUACUUUUACAACUUCGUUCAAGGCCUGAUUGAUGGACUAGAAGCCGGUUUUGAUUCACAUGCUAUAAUCGAUAUUCAGGAUGCCAAGGGCUUAGGAUAUGCCAUGAACACAGCAGAAGAGCUUCAAUUUGUUAAAGAUGUUGCAGCAGCAACAGGAGUUGUUCUUGACCCAGUCUACAGUGGAAAAGCUGCCUAUGGUAUGUUAAGAGAUAUGACUGAUAACCCAACAAAGUGGAAAAAACGGAAGGUUCUCUUCGUACACACGGGUGGGCUUUUGGGUUUGUACGACAAGGUUGAGCAAAUGACAUCUCUGGUAGGUAACUGGCAGAAGCUGGAAAUCGAAGAAUCCAUUCCUCGCAAGGAUGGAACAGGGAAGAUGUUCUAAGGUGACCGGGACACAUUGAUUCUGCAAAAGGAAUGCAGAUAACCCAGUGGAGCAGAAUCAAUGGGGGUUUCUUGUCAAUGAACUUGAACUCAGCACUGUUACUUAGGCCUCUGCCUCUCCAUGUAGACAGCCGGAGAUACUGUGGUUGCUUCCUCGAUCACUACAUGUUUACAGAUAUAAUAAAUUGCUAAGCAAACACAUACAUUAGUAGCUCAAUCAUUCAGGUCCAAUGUAGUGGUCAUUUGAUGGCACAGUAACUAGUGUUCAUGUUAUAUAUAUUAUCUGAAUAAUACUGGAAUCAAGAUGAAGUUGAACCUUUAUUGAA